UUCCCGGAAUAAUAUCUGGAGUGGAAUCAAUGGUUGGUUUCUACCAUAUGAAAGGCCCACACGUGUUGCAAUUUGUUCUUGAUUCAUCAAGUCUGUGCCUUUCUUUCAAAUUUUGGAAACAAGGAGGAUCAUAUGUGGAUUACCCCUGUUUGGUGAAAUGGGAAAGGGUGGUAUCGACUUCUUUUCUGAAUGCUAGGACUCCUCUGCUGAUUCCUGCCCCUGUGUGUAGGAAAUGGUUACCUAUGUCGCAAAAGAAAGUGGUUGUGAUCAUUGACGAUUAUAAUAUUAUGGCCACUAUUGAAAUUCGUACAACCCGGGUCUCCCGAAAUAGAAACAGGUUCAUUCGAACCUUAGGCGGUACGCCCUGGUAUAAUAUUGUUCGAAAACUUCAACUAUCAAAAGGACAAAAGCUUGUUUGCCACUUUGAACGAGGCACAGAUAUAAUCUACAUACGAGUUGUGGAAGCUUUGAAAUGAUCCAUUUUUAUGUCGCUGUUAGUAGCAGGCGUAAAAAUGUUGAAGUAAAGAAGUAGGAUUUAAGCGUGUGUGCGAAAGCAUAUUUUGGUAGGUUAAAAUUAAUCACGGUUCUAAAGUGAC